CACGAUUGGAUGGACGGUGCUUACGUCAUUGCACCCGGAAGACUUUGAAAACCUUGUGUAAGCGUCCUCCUGCCUUUCCCUAGCAAACAGAGCAUUAUGCCGACGUCUCCUGUUAAAACGAGGAUCCCUCUGACCAGCUUCGGCCAUCUCAUCACAGAGGUGAAGAAGCAGCUGUUUGGUAUUGAGGCUCCAGCUUCUGCAGACCUGACGGGUUAUAGGAAAUACUUUAAUAGCUACACGCUGCAGGGGCGCCGAAAUUGCGUGUUGGUAACUUAUGGGCUCUUUGCUGUAACUGCAGCCGCCUACUUCAUUCACAGACAGAGGAAAGGAACACAGACGUCCAGCUCCACGGCCUGAAAGAUGGGAGGAAACGCCACAACACUACCCGUGCUCUGUUAAUAAAACCUGUGAAAAUGCUUUA